UUCUUGUUCCCACAGGCAGUUGGAAUCUCUCUAAGGUCUAGUAACUCAGGCAGAGCAGACUCAGACAGUGCUGACACCAUGUGGGUUCUUAUCUGCUGGUUCCUGAGUCGCCUCCCGGACAGCGGAGCGCGAUCGCAUUCUCUGCUGUACUCCUACACGGCUGUGACAGCGCCAGGUCCCAGGGUCCCUGCGUUUUCUGCCACCGGCUUCAUCGACGACCAGCCCUUCAUCCACUACAACAGCAACAGCAUGAAGGCAGAACCUUCUGUUGCCUGGCUGAGGGAAAAUCCAGGGUACUUUGCUGAUGAGACCCAGGUCUUCAUCAAUCGGAUGAAGAUUUUCCAGCUCAGCCUGAGAAACAUACAGCAGUACUACAACAGCUCUGGGACCCAGCGUCAGAGGGCAGAUGACUUCCGCCAGCACGCGGGCCCUCACACCCUCCAGUUCACAUACGGCUGUGAGAUGAGGGGUGGCAGACGUACCACAGGACAUUGGCAGUAUGGCUACGAUGGCUUGGACUACCUGACCUUGGAUUUGGACUCUAUGCAAUAUAUAGCAGCCACAUUCAUUGCUGGUUACACCAAGCGCAAGUGGGAAAACAGUGAGUACUGGCUGGAGAAAGACAAGAGCUACUUGGAGAAGGAAUGCAUCCUGUGGCUGCAGAGAUACCUGACCCUGGGAGGAGAGGCGUUCACUCGCACAGACCCUCCCCAGACAAGAGUGACCCGCCAUCCCAGACAAGAAGGAGACGUCACCCUGAGGUGCUGGGCCCUGGGCUUCUACCCUGCUGAGAUCUCCCUGACCUGGCAGUUGGAUGGGGAAGAACUGAUUCAAGACAUGGAACUUGUGGAGACCAGACCUGCAGGGGAUGGAACCUUCCAGAAGUGGGCAGCUCUGGUGGUGCCUUCUGGGGAGGAGCAGAACUACACAUGCCAUGUGCACCACGAGGGGCUACCUGAGCCCCUGACCCUGAGGUGGGAGCCUCUUCAACCCACUACCCCAACCACAGAAGUGUAUGCUGGGGGCAGCAGACGUGAACGUACAGCAUUCUGGAGUGGCCUCAUAAUUAUUUUCUUUUUCAUAGUACUUACUGGAGUUACCUACUACAGAUUUAAGAGAUGGUUCGUCCGCUAUCAUCCUGAAGAUGAGAGGCUCUUGGGAUGAGGCUGAAGGGAACUAGUCCUCACCAAGUCACAAUCUGAGACUCUGUUCCCACCCGCUACAAAUGGUGCCUACUGUCCGGCGAAGAUCCACAGAAGACCUAAAAAACAGAGUCUCACAGUCUCACGCCAACCGCAGUAGAGAGACACGUACCUUGAAGUUGCAAGCACACCAUGAGCUACUCUGCAUGUGAUUCCCGCAGUCUCUCCCGCUGGCCAUGACCAAGCUGGGUGGCGUGUCCCCGCAGCCUCUCAGGCUACAAAAAAGUGUCUCUUGACAGCUGCCACAACCGCCAUGGGCUAAGCCAAGCAAUGCAGACAGCUGACGUAGCAGUUUAAGAUGUGUCUAAUUUGGGGAGUGGAGAGAUGGCUCAGUGGUUAAGAGCACUGACUGCUCUCCCAGAGGACCUGGGUUCAAUUCCCAGCACCCACAUGGCAACUAACAACUGUCCAUAAUUCCAGUUCUAGGGGGAUAUGGCACCUUUUUCUGGCCUUUAUGGGAACUGAACACACAUGGCACACAGAGAUGGUACAGACAUUCAUGCAACCCACACACCCAUGCACAUGAAACAAAAAUAUUAAAAAAAAAUUGUUUCAUGCAAUCACAAAACAAUACAGAUACACAGUAAAGACAGAUUCAGAACAACAACAACAAAAAAAAGCCUCUAAAUGGAUUACGGUGAGUUUAAAAAUAUACAUAGGCUUGGGAGAGAGAAGAAAAAGGUUGUAUAAAA